AUGCCCGUGAGCGGCAUUCACUCUCCUCGACUAUCUCAUACCCUCCCAACGAUCGUAAAUACGGCAGAGCCACCUCGUCCAACCCCUACCACUACUCCCGUACGCCCAUCCUCACUCACCGACACCUUCGCCUCCAUCUACCAAAAAGAUGCACAGCGCCUCGGAUACCGCGUGCCCCACCCCUCUGGCAUCGAGCCCGACCCAUCCAAGAAAGAGUACUGCACACACUGGAUCAAGACCGGCGAAUGCGACUGGACAGCCAUCGGAUGCAAGUUCAAGCACGAAAUGCCCGGCAUCGAGAAGCUGCGUGAACUGGGCUUCGUCAGAGGAAUCCCGAAGUGGUGGAGAGAGAAGUCUGCUAUCGGGCCCAGGCCGCCGACUUGGAUGCAGCGAAGGCUGGCGGCGAAUGAGGAAGCGGAUCUGGAUGGUGUGGUGCCGGAAGCGAGAGUGUUUCCUGACCCUUCGAUGUUUUGGACGAGGAGGAGUGGAGAAUGUGAUCUGCUGGGGGAUGAGGUGCAGCAGCCGCGUGGUAUUUUCAAGAGGAACAAGUCUCCUGGGCAGACUACAUCAGAACGACUGACCUCUCCGUCAUUGCCAGUUCAGGAACCCGAUCGGCGUGCUAGUCAAGUAUCAGACCUCCUCAUCGAUCUCGACGAUAAUCCUGCUCCUCCACCCAGCCCCGAGUCCUCUCUUACUUCCGAAGCCAGUACAGGAUCCAGUCCGGUGCAGAUCCCGUCCAGUCGCCCUUCUACCUCGCCACCAUCAACUCCCAGCAUCGGGUGUGGAAAUUUGUCACCGAUCGAGAGCAAGACGCCAUACAAACCCGUCGUCAUCAAGAAGCAAAAUGGGGACUCGACCACCCGGCGCCACUCCCAACUCUCAUGGGCCUCUGAUACCGAAGACGACACUCCCGCUCCCCCCAAACCCACAACUCCCACAACUACAACCAAACCCUCUCGCCCAGCCCAACAGCGACGCAAACCCGCUCCUCGCGGCGAUAGCAAACGCGCCGCCACAACUUCCACGACUCCGACGCACCAUUCCGGUCUUGCAGCUUCUAAGCACGCCACCGAUGAUCGCGCUGGAAGGAACAGUGCAAGUCAUGCCAAGAACGCGAACCGUAAGAUUCACGGUAAACAUGUGGAAGAUAUCGGUGUACCAGAGCGCUUACAUGCGGAGAUUGAGCAGUUGAGGAGGGAGGUGCAUCAGAAGGAGAAGGAGAGGGUGAAGAAAGGUGGGGGUGCUGUGAUGGCGGCACCUACAGCUGCUGGUAGACGGACAGCUGUGUGA